AUGACAUCGGCUAGAGCAAGCGAAAGCACCGAAUAUCCGGACACAGCCAAAACAGAACUGCCAGUGGUAGACGCUCACUACUUCCCCAGUAAUUCUGCUUCUCAGAAACUGAAUACGAAGGGUAUGUGGGUGUGGUUGGCCAUGAUCAUGAAGCUCCGGGAACACUGCAAAGGACAAAAAAGCAUUGGCACGAAAGCAGCAAACGGCAAUUGA